UCCGCCAGCGCGCGCCGCUAGAACCGGUGGCUUGCCGAUGCGUCGUCCACAGGUAGUCGCGGUUGCCAUGGCGGCGCGCCGUGUUGUUGUCAUCAGCAGCGGCGCUCGAGGUCUGCCCUCGCCAGUGCUGCCGACUCAGCGCCGCUGGAUGUGAGUGCGCGCCACGCGCGUGCAGCCACGAGCGUCCGAGCGACCGCAGCGCGCACCGGCCGGACGUGGUGUGUGUGUGUGAGUGUGUGUUCGCUCGACCGCCCGCCUCCGAGUGCGACGAGCCUAGGGCCCGCGAGCCGCGCGGGGCCCUAGCCGAGGCCCGACCCGAACCGCGGUUCCCCCCUGCCCCCCAUGGCCGCGUCGCGCAGUUUCCCGGCGCCCCGCUCCCGUCCCGGCGGGGGACGGCGCCCAUGAUCUGAAGCGCCCAGCCCCUCGCGCCAGCCGCACGCGGUGCGCGCGUUCGGCCUUUUCCUGGCCGCAAUCAUGAACUCGAACGUGGUGUACGCGAGCAUGUGUCACAACGGUGACGGCGCCACGGCGCCCUACGGCUCUCCGCAACAGCACUACGACCUCGCGGCCCAGGUGUACUUCCCGGCGGCGCCCGCCGAGAGCCCCUACGGCCCCAUCUCGUUCCCGGACCCGCGGACCCCUCCGCUGCACGGCGACCCGUCGCUGAGUCACCACCAGAUCAUCAACGACAACAACGGCCUCAGCUACACCAACCUGGACCAGCAGGCGGCCGCCGCGGCCGCGGCCGCCGGUUACCUGCACGGGGGACGCGGGGCCAACGGCGCGACCAUGGGCUACGGCUCCCCCGGCGGGGCCAGUCCGCGCCCGGCCCCGACGACGGCCACCACGGGCUUCCCGUACCGGGGGGCCACGAGCCUGGACUACUCGCACAUGGAGCCCGUGGCCGGCCACGGCGUGCACCACGCGGCCACCCCCGCCGACCACAUGGCAGACCGGGGCGCCAUGGGGGCCCCGGGCUACCCGCCUCCUUACCUCGAUCCGCUGGCGCUGCAGAGGAGGAACGGCUACGCCGGCUACGCCACUGCCGACGGCUACGACGCCGUGCGGGAGAGUUGCCAGCACAACGGCGCCGCGUACCAGGCGCACGGACUGUCGCGGACGGGACUUUCGCCGCCCAAGCCGGCGCCUGUGCCCACCUACAAAUGGAUGCAAGUGAAGCGGAACGUGCCCAAGCCCCUUCCAAAGCCGGACUACGGCUUCACGAGCGGCGCCAACCAGGGCGGGCCCAACGGCACGGGUCGGACCAACUUCACCACCAAGCAGCUGACGGAGCUGGAGAAGGAGUUCCACUUCAACAAGUACCUGACGCGAGCGCGGCGCAUCGAGAUCGCCACGGCGCUGCAGCUCAACGAGACCCAGGUCAAGAUCUGGUUCCAGAACCGCCGCAUGAAGCAGAAGAAGCGCAUGAAGGAAGGCCUCAUCCCGCCGGAGUCCUCGUCUGACGGGGCGCCGCCCGGCGCGUCGCCAGGAAAGCUGUCGCCGCCGUCGCCCCAACAGAAGGACAGCCAGUAGGACGAGGCGUCCCCCACCCACACUUACACGGAGACACAACGUGCGGCCAAACUGCUGCCUGCAUGCGAGUCCGUUCUAGGAGAACCAGCGCCGCCGGCCCGACCGCCGAGACGCUCGGAGCAGAGACGAAGAACUGCGGACGUCUAGAGGAACCCUUGGCGCGUGUCCUCGAGGAGGGAACCAGCCCCCAGACGUGCGACUGUGACCUCCAGGCGCCGUGAGUGUUCGCAAGCGCCGUCUGGGUCUCCGCCCAGUGCUCCUCGCUCGUCGGUCUGCGUGGGUGGUUUAUUUAUAAGUGCUGUGGCUGGCCUGGGCUGAGUUGCUUGACCUCUGCCGUGCGCGGCGGCGGGUGCUGUACGUGGGAGGUUUGCUGCUGCCGCUGUGGGUAAGGUUAGACACACUGGACGAGGGCGAAGCCCAAGCAAUCUUGGAAUCAGGAAAGGUUCCCCGAAUCGAGGAUAAUGUCUACAUUUGUUUUUUUUUUUUUUAAAUGGCAGGAUUCGUGGCGUACGGCUUUAAUCCCGUCCACACAGAUCUUCGGUAAACGUACAUUAGGUUUCUCAAUUCCGAAAACGCUCUAUUAAAUUAGAUUGGAGCGCACCGGUCGCGAUGAUCAGCUUUAGUGUGUUCCCGCUGCAAGAACAUAUUCAUGUAUGUCGACGUUUUCAUUCCGUGUCGUCUUUGUAAGCUGCUUUAGCACCCACAAGUUGCAAACGAACGUAAGCUACAAUAUCUCACAUUGCUCGCCAGGCGUAAACUACGUUAGUCAGCAGAAUUACAUUAAUCCUUAGCGUCGAACGCCCCUAUCUGAAGGUCUAAAAUGAGCAAACAUAGAUAGGAAAAAAAGAGACACCUAAGAAUACACGCACCUCUCAAUGCCAUAUUAGGAUAAAUGAGUAUUCUGCGAAUCAUGGAUAAAGAGGUAGAUAAACGAUAAAAAAGGCGUAGUCUGAUUUAUGUUAUACCCGAUCAGGCAGCUAGCUGCCUUUCCCCACGAAUAGCCCCGCCGCUCUUCACGCGAGGACAGACGACCCAGCCGUGAGAACGCCGCCCCAGGACUCGAGCCCUGCUCAAAAACCACAAGCAGGGAUUACUGCUCAUCAAAGUGCAAUGCCUUUCUCUCUUGUUCCCUCGACAAUACAGAGAAGAAACUGCAGCACCUCUCUCUCUCAUUUGUGCAUACAUGGACAAAGGAUGAACACGACGUGGAACUUUCUCUGUGGCAUAGAAAGUCCUCGAAACACAAACUCCCAGUGAUGAUGACCGUGCGCGCAUACUGUGAUCCGUCGGAAAGAGUUUUCUCUGUCUCUUUUUUUUUUCUCGUCUUUUAUCCCUUUUCGAAUGCAUGCUUUUUGCCGUGGCAACGUCCUUGGCGAAUGCCCCUUUCGCGCUUGGCGCCUUCCGAAGACGAACGUAUUUUUGUUGGCGUGUAUGUCCGUGUCCAUCACGUCAUUUCUUGCACAUCUGGAAGAAACGAGUGUCUUGUUUUACACGCUAGGCGGCAUUGCAUCUUUGUUGUCGCCUCUCUGAACAGGGUAUCUACACGAACAUAGGCUAUAUGUCGAAGACAAGAAUUGCUUUCUUUUUACUUCUUUUAUCAUAACCAGAACAAAAUGUGAGGAACAGCGGAAGAAAUUCUGUUAGGCAGAAUUUUUGUAGCCUUAAUGUUGUACAAACAAAUCAGCCAGCGGAAUAUCCAGGGAUAAUAAAUAUGACGCUAAUAAUAAUUCAAACCUAACCCACUUUUUGUUUUGUUUUGUUUUGCAAUAGACAUUUUUUUUUUUUUUGUUCCCACCAUUGGUCAUUUGGUGAAACCAGUUCUUUGGCCCCAAAACUUGGAUGCGUAUCAUGCCGUGUUUAACAGGGUGACAGCGUCCUAUGAGGUUCAACAGUACGCACUAAUCAUUAUUUAAAACCGAUUAGAUUAUUCUGUGAGCCUGGAUUUAUCGUCAUGCGCUCAACACAGUAGAUUCGUAUUUAAAGCCGUUUAGUCAGUCAACCAUACUUUCAACUUGGAAGUCUUUACCAGUGCACGGAACUGUCGCGCGAAAUGUUAUGAAUAGCGUGUUCAAAGCAUACGUUCUUCCCAAUUGAGGCAUGUGAGUCGUUCUGUUACCUAGGCAGCCGAAAGUAGUACCAUGGCUCGAUCUACGAACAAUAAAACAAUCUUCUUUUUUUUUUUUAUGAGGAAUUAAGGGCAAACGUUUUACGGAAAGGGCAGUGACUGCUAACCAAUAGAUGGGACUAAGGGGCUUAUUAAUGUAUAUAAACCAGCUAUUUAUGAAGCAAACCGACCCCGGAUCUUCCAAACAAGACGUACAAGAAGAGAGGGGUACCUGUUAUACACACAAAAUAAUAACUGCCUCGGUACUGCGCUACACAACUGUAGAUGAAAGAAGACAUCCCUCAAUUCAAUUUUCGAAUGCGAAGCGCCAACAACAGCAAAGUUUAAAAUUAGUUGCGAUAAUUUGGAUCAUAAAGUUAUGAGGUAACGACCUAACAAAGUAGGAAUUUCUAGUUUUACCUCACUGCCUUGAAAGUUAAAGUGACCAAAACAGCUAUGAACGCUACUUACUGACAUUAAUUUACGAUUCAAUAUGGCCGUGACACAGACAAUACCGAUGCACACAUGCGAUGUAGCGCUGUCAACCCAAGAUGCAGCUUGCGUCAGAAACGCACCGAAUUUGAACGGUAUAUGCACAUGAGCAGAAUUUAACAUUAAUACGAAGUCACCUUACAUUAGAGUCGUAGUAGAGUACAUUCUGAGGCAUAUGCAGUAUUUUUCCGUGUGUGGUGCUCGCUGGCUUCGAAUACGCGAUGCUAAGGGUUUGAGACGACUGACGUCCACUACGCGGUAGACAGCAGUUCUCUCUGGAAUGAUUUGAAAUUUUUUUUAAGAAAAACUUUGGAAUUAUUGAAAUUAUAAUGCUGCCCGAAACUACAAUAAAUGCACUGACUUUGAGUGUAGUGGAAGCAUCCGCUCCGUAUAUUCGCGGGUGAGGAACAAACAAAACCCAAUAAAACACUCAAUGUUAGUUUCGACGGGAUUUCCGCUGUCAGGGAGACGCGCAGUACACACGGAAAAACACUGAAUAUUUUUUUUUUCUUAACCUGAAACCCGGAGCAGGUCUCAAAACGUUGCUUCAAGUAUGAUUGUCACGAUUCCGCACAUACUUCUAAAAAUAGGAAUCACAGAGCCUAUAUUUUUGCGACUGCAAAUAAUUUACUUUUUCCGAAAGCAAAGAAGAAAAAAAAAGUGUAUAUGUUGCUCAGUGUAAAUAGCUGUUCUUUCUCCAGAAUCGUGCACGAUCUUUAUAGAUAGAAAAAUGAUUCGAUGGCAAGAUAUUGUUCUCGAACCAGCGAACUUGCACGCGAAUACACGACGUACCAAUCGGAGAAAUCAGGGUCAUGGAGCAUGCGAACGGGCAUAUUUUGUGUCGUUCGGUGCUCCAGUCAUUCUCUAAAUAUAUAUAUAUAUAUAUAUAUAAAUAUAUAAAUAUAUGAAAUAUAUAUAUGUGAGCGCAGAACCGAAUUAUGUACAGCUUUUACGAAGCUCCGUGUACAGUUUCUACCGCCCCUCCAUACCCACGUCAACUCCCUGCCCGUUCAAACUCCUCGACGUCGAACAACCCUCCCUUUUCUGUCCUCAAUCAAAACCACGUGUGCACGCCACCCGCGGGGCCUCGCAAAUGAACAGGGUAUUUCCUUGGGCCUCGACUCGUGCACAUUUUUUUUUUUUUGCUUUGAGUGUUUAAAUGUCCCGCCCUCAUUUUCCAGGUGCCUCAACAACAGACUUUACCGAGAUAUUUUCAGCAGGAUGUCCGCCAAUUUGGCUAAGCUGUUUUCCUUUUCUUUGUUUUGAAACUGUGGCCGUUCACCUUUUUCCUCCCCGCCGUCUGUCACGAGCACUUUCUCGUUUUAACUUAUUACGUUCCCAAUAGGGAGUUCUUUGGUUCUGUAGACCAACCGAAUAAAAAGUUGAAACUCGAA